CUGGGGCAGGUGCUGCAGCAGUUUAACGUUUCAUCUGCAGGCAGAGCUCAGGGGAGGCAAUGCCAGUGCCCAGCUCAUGGCCUGCUUUGGCUGGGGAUGCCAGUGCAUCAGCUGGCCAGGUAAACCCGAGUGCUCACCUGGAAAUCACUCACAGGCCAAGACAAACAAAGGAAGGAAGUGUCUGGGACUUUUAAAGUGACCUAGUGGAGACAGGGACCUUGUUUGUGACUCAUUCCUGGCCAGCCUCGGGGGCUCCCAGUGCAUGAGCUGGGAAUGAGGAGCUGCUGGGAGCGAGGAGCUGCUGGGAGUGAGGAGCUGCUGGGACUGAGGAGCUGCUGGGAGUGAGGAGCUGCUCACCGCGAGGAAGAGCUUGGCAGGGGCAGAUGAAGGCUCCCUGCAAGGGCUCAGCACGGGCCACCCUCCUUCCUUAGCAUCAAGCCCAGAAAAGCCAUCUGUGGGACAAUCAAAUCCUUUCAAAUCCCAGAAAAUUGGCUGGAGCACCAUCUGGAGGCAGCUCCUGGAAGGCGUGGGCAGAGCUGUGACACCUUUCCCGGGAUGGGGACGCGGGUGUCCCUCUGUCCCCUCUGCUGGGGUGACGUGCCCAUCACCAGGGCCCCUCCAGGAGGAGCUCCCAUCCCACCAGGACAAGCAGGACCUGGGAUUCAAGGCCCCUGAGCUGCAGAUCUUGUCCUGUUCUGUCUCUCUCUGACCAAGUCUGUUCCUGGAUAUUCUGCCCAGUCAUCAGCUACUCUGGCAGGUGACCCCAAAAUGAGGGGUUUCCACACUCAGUCUCUCUCCCGUGUCCCUGGAACCCUUGGAUCACAUUUUUUUCCCCUCCAAUCUGUGCAUUUACAACAAUGAUGUAACUUUUUAGCCAUGUUUCUUUGCUCUGCAUUAGUUCAUGUUGCUGGAGGACAGAUGGAUCUGUGAAAUUAGGGAGCACUUCUCCAAAAGCCCUUGGUCUCUUUGGGCUUGAUUUGCUAUCGAUUUUUGCUGGGCUUGAUUUGUUAUCGAUUUUUCUAAGAUUUUCUUUCAAGGGCCAGUCUGACUAAAAGUAUCUUCUGCUGGGUUUGACCACAGCUUUGCUAUCCUGCUCCAUCUUUCCGAUAACACUCGUGCAGCGGCGGGUGCCAUUUCCCUCUGCUCUCUGGAAGUGGAAAUUAUUACAUUUUUAAAUUCUGCUGAUGCUGAGGGAAGCUGUGAUUUCUAAGAAGCGAUGCUGUGCAUGCCCUGACACGUUUCAUGUCUCAGCACUCAGCUGCGCUCUGAGCCUUCAGUGAAGAGCCUGGAAUUGGUUUUUUUUUUCUUCAGGGAUUUGCUUUCUGUAAUCUGAUCAUUCAUGUUGUUCACAAAGACAACUUGAUUUUUCAAUAUGUGAUCCGCUUUCUCCACGGCUGAUUGAGGCUUCCUGCACAAUGAGCUGACUCUUUGUUGCCAGUUCCCGAGGAAUUCUCACCAAACUCGGGCUUAGACAGCAUUUGCCUGGCUGCAGCUCCGUGCUUUGGGAUGCCCACCCUGGGCAGCUCAGGGAAUCCGUUUAAGGCCGAUGCAUCCCUGGCUGUUUUUUUUCUCUUCAUCUCCUGUGUCCACAGCAUUAAACACUUCCUUCCCCUUCAGCCCUCGAGGCUUUUCUCAAAGCUGGAACCCCAGGGGCAGCUUGAGCAGGGCCUCCCUAUCACCAGAAUCUGCUUAUCUGCAGCUCAAAGGAAAUUCUGCUUGGCUGCCGAGUUCCAGCUCCGGAUGAAAGGAUGAAAUGAUGAAAUGCCCACACGGCAGAGCCUCGGUGAGAGGGGCUCAGGAGCUGCUCCCCAGGAAGAUUGGCUGGGAAAACAAUCAGGGGCUCUCCUUCCACGGGGUCAGAGCCAGCCCGGUGCCACGGGGCUCAUCCAAGGCUCUCAGGGCAGGAGGUUUCAGGAUUUCGGUGCUUCAGAGAGAGGGAGUCGAGGGACCCGAUAAACAUUUAUGUGGGGAGAAACAUCUCGGGGCUGAAACAUCAAAUAAAACCCCGUGGAGUGAAAUAUGACCGCAAGGACUGGAUGAAGCCAUUAGAAGUCUGGGCAGGUUUAAGAGCUCACUUGUGUGGAAAGGGGGAGUUUGGUAUUUUCAAGUGUUUCUACACCACUCACGGCGUUCCCCAGGGCCUGGAGCGUGCUCAUGCUGCUAAAAAUAAACCACUCAGGAAGGCUCUGACAGCCUUCUCAGAGCUUCAGGUGCUCUGAGCCGAAAAAGAGGAGAAAAAGCCACGAGAAGAGAAUGGAUGAGGCUGUUAGACAUGUCUGGGUGAAAAAUAACCACCUCCAGCUCCGCUUGACAGAGGAGCGAGCAGGGAGCUGUGGUCUCACUGGGGGGAAAUUAUAGUUCAGAGAAAACAGCUCACCUCUGUCCCUUUGUUUCCUGAAAGCUGAUGGAGGAAGACUCAGAAUUGGGGAGAGAGAGUGAGUUUGUUUUCUCUUUCUAGAAGACACUGCAUGUUUUUAUUCUCCCCGUUCUUUGUGCGUGUGUUUAGAUAAAAGUUAGGACACAAAGGCUUUGCUGGGUUGGUGCCAAGCUAAAGCUCAAGAAAACAAACCUCAACCUUCAAGGCCGAGAGGUUCAGUGGGUCGUUAAAGCCAGUCCUGCUCGCACAGGAAAUCACAUCAUGUAAUCUCUUGUUUGGGACUUUGGCAAAGGAUAAAAUCCUUCUCAGGAGGGAGCGCUGCCAUUUCAGAGAGCAGCAGCCCAAGAGAAACACAUCGUUUGAGGGAGCAGGGAUUUUUCAGGAUCUGUCUGCAGAAAUAGCCAGGCUCCAUCCCUGGCUGGGAGAGCAAUUAUUAAUUAUUAAUUUCAUGGCAAUUAAAAUUACCUUCCUUUCCAUGCUAUCUACAGAAGCCUCCACCAAUAGAGGUGAGAAGAAAAUAUUCCCCUGCCCAAUCCAGGACCUGUUCCACCAUUCCUGAUCCAACCCUUUAAGCCCUCAAAAACACACUUUACUUCUUCCCUUCUGUUCUGCAAGGAAGCCACAGAGAGUUGUCCUCCGUGCAGGGCUUGUCGCAGCCGUGGACACGCUCUGGAGUGCUUUUAUCUGAAAUGUUUCUUUCUCUUUCUCAUGGGCCAUGUGGAACAGUAUCAAAAGCCAUAAAACUUUAUGUAUUUACAGCCUCUUCUGGGAGCACAGCGCUCAGAACAUCGUUGUAGAUGUAAAUUAGCUCAAUUAUCUUUGCUUGGGAUGGUUGGAUCUUGCCCAAUUACCGUUGCAGUUUCUCAUUCUCUGUGGUGCUGACAAACAACCCGUUUAAGUGCUUGUUCCACUGUUUUCCCAGUCCCAACACCACAUAAUUCUCUCUGAUCUUCAGCCUCUGUUUUAAGAGAAACCUUUGGCAUUCUUCCUUGACUAUUUUCCACCCUCUCUGGGUUAAGGUUCCCUUCUUGGCUUUCUGGCACCUGCAGAGUGAAUUUAAUCUUACCCGAAGCACCUGAACAUGUACUAUGAAUUCUAGUGCAUCUCUACCUUUUUUUUUUCCUUACUACACUGAUAUUUCUCUCUUCUCCCAAUUAUAACCCUCAUCUGAUCCAUCACCCUUGGAAGUUUUGACAUUUCAGCCUUCUUGGCAUUACCCUCCAUCAGCUCCUUGUCUGGAGAACAACUGAGAUCCACGGAUUCCCUCCACACACAGAAACUCCUCUGUUAAUUGCCAGUGAGAACUGCUGCUGCUGCAAUCUUAUCAAAUCUGCACACCGCAAUUUUUCACUACAUUAUGCCAUGAUAGCAGGGCCACGUGCCUUUGGACCAGCUGCUGGAAUCAGAAAUUCUGAUUCUCCCUCAUGCUCUGGCUUUCGUUAGCUAACCACACCAAAAAUCCCAUGGAUUCUCUUGAACUGUCUCCUGGUGGGCCUGGUCACCUCCUCAUCGAUUCAUUUCUGGAGUAAACAACAAAGAAAGAGUAAAAAAGAGUGGCUGCUCUCUCCAUGCAGCUCAUGGUGCUCUGAGCUGAGCCAUUCCCAGGCCCCUGGAAUGACUGAGCAAGCCCUGGAUGUUCCAAACAAAACCACAACACUGACACCCUUGAGGGGUGUCUGAAUCCAGGGACUGCUCCAAGUGGAGCUGCAGGAGCCACUUCCAGCGUUUCACACAGAAUCCCUGAAUUAUUCAGGUUGGAAAAGCUCUCUGAGACCAACCAAGCUUGAUCCCCACCUUGUCCCCCCCACCGGAGCACUGAGUGCCAUGUCCAGUCAUUCCCUGGACACCCCCAGGAGGCCAACCCUUCCCAAAGCCUGACCACCCUUCCCAUGAAGUUCUUCCUGAAUUUCACUGCCUUUUCGUGAACUUUCUUCUUUGAAUUUCCUGAACUUUUCCUCACUCUCACAUGGGGUGAUGGCUACAGCCCCUCACAGGCCAGAAGCUGGAUCAAAAGGGAGAGUUAAGAACUCCCAGCAUCCCAACCUCUCCCACCAGGGUGCUGCUGCUGCUCUCGCUGCCCCAGAUGAGCCCCUGGAGCUUCCCAGGCUGGCUGAGCAGCGAAUGCUCGGGGUUUAUCACCCCAUCAGAGCAGUUGGAAGACAGUUGAGUGUCUCUGGGGUGCAGAUAGCAGGGAAGGCUUUGCUCUGGGAGAUAAGCUGCCCUCCCUGAGCAGCCAAGGGAGGCCGUUGGUAUCUCAGGGUCUUCCAGCCCCUCCAGACACACCCUGGUGCAGGGGAUGGCGAGGAGCUGGGGGCAGUUAACUGAACCCCUGGCUAUCAUCCCUGCUCUGCUCCCUGCAAUCGUUUCUCCCGUGCUGAUCAAGCCUCUGCAGUGACCUCACUGCCUGUAAACAAGCAGCCAAAGCCUCCUGGUUUUGGAGAUGGAUUCAUUCAGGAGAGAAAGCUGGUUCUGGAAGGUAUUUGAAAGGUUUUGAAAUGCACAACAGCUCAAUUUUCUGCCUGAGUGGCUGCCCAGGAGAGAAAAACAUCACAAGCAUCCCCUGUCGGGUUUGGGGAGCCAGCAGGGUCUGGAGUGCAGCUGCUCCCUGCCAGCUCCACUCGGAGCUCCCUGUGCCACCCCACAGCAGCAAAUCCAGGCUCUGGUGGUCAGCCAGCACUCAGGUGUGAGCGAGGCACAAAGUCCAGGCCACCUUUACCUGGAGGAAGCAGUAGAUCCAAGCACAGUGUUGCAGUGAGGGUGUGCACAGAGGCUGCACACCCAAAGCGUUUGGAAACAAGGAGAGCAAAUAUUGUGGUGAGGCAACAACAUUGGUUUCACAGUUUCUGCCUGUAUUACAUAAAAAAUAUUUCCUUUUUCAUUUCAAUGCUGCCCAGACCUUCCCUUGGGCCCUGCUCAGCUCAGAAGGAUGAACACCCACCCCAGGCAGCUCUCUAGGGUCCUGCUCUGUUUUCUUCCACAGGAAACCACCUCUUUCCCAAAUAUAGAUAUUUCCAUCCAAAUAAAGGGCAGUGGGUUGGAAUAUUGUUCAAAAAGAAUCCAGAAAUGCAAAAGUGGUGAAAAGCAUCGCUCUUUUUCACAGGCUGGGGGGAGAACAGCACUGCAAAAACCCAGCAGAGUCAUCCGUGGGGAGCCUCUGCCAUCUGCUGGCACCGAGUCCUGCAGCAGCGCCUGUGCAAGGAGAGACUGCCAGCAAAUAGACAGGAGGGGAAAACGGGUGGGUUUGGAGUUCCUAAGCCCUUUUCUGAGAGAAACAUUUACCUGGUUUGGUCUCAUCAAAAAUAUGGAGGUCAUGGAAAGGUUUAUGUUGGGAGGGACCUAAAAAAUCAUCCAGUUCCACGUCCCUGCCACGGUUCUACCUGACCAGGGUGCCCCAAGCCCCGUCCAGCCUGGCCUUGGACACUUCAGGGAUCCAGGGACUGCUCUGGGCACCUGUGCCAGGCCCUCAGCACCUUGACAGCAAAGGAUUCUCUCCUCAAGUUUCCAGGCAGGUGGAGAAUCCCGAUUUUCUGCCAGGGAUUUGAACAAAGCCAUGAAUUUAACACCUCUGUGUGAGGAUUAAAGGUUAAAGGCUUAUCAAGUUUAAAGUCUGCUUUUGCCACCUUCUUUCCCCAGAGAGGUUUGUGCUCCCCAUGGGAGCAGCACAGCCAAUGGGAGCUGAAAAGGGGCAAAUAGAAACUGUGACAAACAGAAAACACCUUUUUGUCACCUGUCUUACUCAUAACAGCCUCACCUGGGCUUGAAUGCCAACAAGGAAGUUAAAGACAAUUAACAGAUGUUCAGCCAGGACUCAGACUCUGUCAGGGAAAUUCUGCAGCCACACCUCAAAGUAUUUUUAGUCCUGGCCUUGGCUACUCAGCUGGAGCUUCUCGAAGCUUCCCCGUGCUGCAGGCACUCUUUGCAGAGCAGCUUUUCCAGGUUCUGUCUUUGCUGCUCCACAUUGCAGCUCACUCUGGUGGUUCAGAGCCCCUUCCUUGUGGCCCAGAAUCAGCUGAAGGAAAUUUAUAACAAACAGGUGCUUUUCUGGACAAAUAAACCAGGAUUUCCUUUCAACCAGCUCAGAAUUCGAUCAGUAUUAUUUGAUGUAACAGAAUGUUUUGAAGCCAAGGACUGUUUUCAAACCACCAACAAAAAUAUUUGUAUUAUUUUUUCCUCUGCAUCUCAUUGCAGCUCUUUUGCUUUUCCUUCCCACCAUUUAUCUUUCACAACACCAAGCCUUGCCUGUACUUCCUAUUUGGCUGCUGGUUGGUAGUUUUCUCAUUUGCUGUUAUUUUUGACUUCCAUCCAAGCUUUGUAUGAUAUUAAUAGCUGUUGCACAGAACUGUAAUCAUCCUCAAACCAGCCCUAAUAUUAGCAGAAGUAGCCAAGUACUGUUGUCAAGGCCUGAGGGAUUUGGGCAGUGAAUUUUCUCCUCCAUCCUGCCAGUUCUGCCCCAGCCCAGGGAGACAAAACAUCUGCCCAGCACCCAACUCCCAGAGCCCCAUCCUGGCCACCCCAGGGAAGAGAGAAGCAGCUUGGUCAAGCCCAAAUGCACAGAAAGAUGCUGAAAGAAGAUGCUGAUGUGAAGAUUCAAGAAUUAGAUGUUACCCGUUGUCUAAUUAAUGCUUCUGCCUAAUCAAGAUAGAGCAAUCACUCAUUGUUCAUCCAGCAGCGCUAGCACUAAUAGCCAAAUUACUCAUUUUCUAUUAAAGGUUGUCAGCAAUAGAAAAAAAUAAACAGGGGAUAAAAGCAUCUACCCUGCUCCUCCAGCAGUAAAUUCUCCUCCUUCCUUUCCUGCUGCAGUGACUCAUCAGCAUCCUGAGGGGGAAAUAGUGAUGGGUUUUUUCUUCUUAGCUGGGAGGGAUGUGAUUCUCAGGCUGGUGGUUUCUUCCUUCUCUGUUUAGAGUUUACUUGAGGCUACUUUUUAAAAUGUAUUUUCUGCUAUUCUCUCCUCUGGAAUCUUUCUUGCCAGGGCUGCAAUCCCCCGUUACACCCAGACACAGCACGUGUCCUGCAUUUUACCUGUAUUUUUAUUGUCACUUCACUGGUUUCUGUCACCUCCCAAAACCUCAGUGGUUAGCAGUGGCUUCCUGGGGCCAUCUCCAGCUCAGCGUCCUGUGCUCUGUCAGCACUUGCUGCUCCUUAGGGAAGGAGUUGGGAUUUUCCCCAGGUGCACUGCUGUACCCUCACACCAAACUGUAAUUACCAUCCCCUUUUUGCUGGGCAGUUUCUGUGACAGGCAGAUGAGAAACUCCAGCAAAACUGCCAGGGCAGAUUCAGACAAGCCCUGGGGACUAAGUCCUGCAGAGUCACAAGGAGCCUUUGGCUCAUCACUGAUGAUGCCAACGUGAUGCCGUGCUUCCUUUCUGAUGGAUCCUCCAUCACCUCACACCAGGUACUUCCUAAAAGCUGUUACACUGAAGUCCUUUUGAGCAGGGACAAGGUCUCCAGGGGCGAGUCCAGACCCUGCUGCUCUGACCACGGGGUUCCCUUCCUUGUCUAUCCAGACCCCAGUACCAUUUUAUGAAGGGAAGGUGAUAACUUCCAGAUAGGAAGAGAAUACUUUCAUUUUUGGUUUCAACUCUUCCUGUUUCGUUUCAUCCUCGGCAAGUGGUUUCAUCUGACUCCACCCAGGAGAAAGCUUCCUUAUUUAAAGCUCAGUCUCCAGGUUACAGACUUCUGCCCAGGAUCUGCUGCUGGCUGGAAGAGGUGCAGCCAAGCCAUCGUCCCUCCACAGUGACAUGAUGCCCGCAGGAGCAAUGAGCAAGGAGCAGCUGAAGAAGAAGCUGGAUGCCCUUCAGUGUCACUUCACCUGGAACCUGGGGGUUGACUCUUUCAGUCUUUGGCAUCUCCUGCAGAAGUUGGAUGUUGAGAUCAAGCACACAGCCCACCAGAACCAGGUGGCCCUCCUGGGGCUCCAGGCCUACCUGCACCAGCUGAACAACCACAGCAAGGAAGCUCUGCAGAGCCUCAAAGCUGCUGAGGAACACAAUGACAAGAAGCAUCUAUGGACAUCUACUGCUGGCUCUUUGACCAUCUAUGGGAAUUAUGCUUGGAUCCACUACCUUCAGGGCUCCUACCAGGAGGCUGAAACCUGGCUGGAACGAGUUCAGCCGCUCUGCUCAACUCCUUGGGAUGUGGGGCUGAUCCCACACAUCCAGGCCCAGAAAGGCUGGUCCCUCCUGGCUAUCAGAGCCCGAAACGGGGAACGGGCAAGAGAGUGCUUCAACGUGGCCUUGAUGCUUGAACCAGAGAACAGAUCUUUCCAUACAGGGCUUGCAAUGGCUCUUUAUUCCUCCUGGAAUUUCUGCUGGCAACCUGAUACUGAAAGAGAAGCCAGAAUCCACUUGGAAAGAAUUGUCAACGAGCAGCCAGAAAACUACAGAGCCAAAAUAUAUUUGGCCAAGCUACUUAAACAAGGUGAUAUGGAAAAAGCAACUGGCUUAGUUAAAGAAUGUGUUGAGAAAAGCUCUGACCCCGAGGUCCUCAAACUAUCAGCUUUGUUCUGGAUGUCAUGGUCAACAGAGAAAGCACUUGAGAUCAUCCAGCAAGCCCUGCAGCAGGACCCAGGUUACCACCUUCUCUACCAGGCCUUGGCCAACUGCUACAAGAAACAGUGGGUUAAAGCAAAUCAGAAAGAGAAGGAUAAGUUACGGUGUAAAGCCACCAAGGAGCUCCAACAAAUUAUUCAGGAACAUCCUGACCUUGACCUUACCCUUGUCAAGCUGCAGUUAGCAGAGUUCCUUGGUAUAAAAAAGCCAUCACAGGAAGAAAAGAUUUAUGAGGACCUGCAGAGGCAAAUGAACACCCUGAGCCUCAGAUGUCAGCAAGCCCUGAAUCUCUCCUGGGGAGAUUUCUUCCUCUACCGGGAGAAAUGCAUGGCUGAGGCAAAAGCCAAGUUCAUGGAAUGCUACAAAAUUCCUGUGCAGACAGACCAGAGGAUGAAAUGUGGGCACAGGCUGUUGACGAUGGCUAAGACCUACCAGCACAACGGUGACGCUGACGCUGCCAACGACAUCUACCACUUCCUCCAAGACGCUGACAAGCACCUGCCCAGGGAACCUGCUGCACUCGCUUUAGAUGAUGAGGAUCACCCCAACCCACAGAGAAUUUGGCAGGACUUUUCCCAAGGCUAGAAGGCCAAAAGGACUGUCUGGCUCUGCACAGCAGGCCCAUCCCUCACAUGGACAUGUCAGCUCCUCACGUCAUCCCAUCGCUCAGCCAUCAAAUCCAGGCCCACCCGUGGGUAACCAGUGUCCAAACCUUACACACGCUGCUGGGUGCUGCUGCUCCAGAGGGAAUGAAAACAAGAGGGAAGAGUUUGUCUCAGCACAAUCUUCGCAGGUGUGGACCUGCAUCUCUCCCUUGGAGCUGCCAUUGAUCAGAACCAAAUGCUGAUUAGGGCAAUGCGAGAAAUCAACUCAUUAAUUAUAAGAAUUCUACCAUUUGCAAAGAACCAGGAGGUGGAUUCUUCCACAAGAUCAGUGAGGAGCCAUGAUGAGGGUGCAGUCCUUCUGUACAGGACACAGCUGGUCACUAGCCUGUCCAAAUGCAUUAAAUGCUGCUGAUUGAGGAGCCCACAGGGGUGAUUUUAUCUGCAUUAAUCCUCAGAAGCACACACAUUCCUGCCCCUGCCUGGACAUAAACCAGGAGCUUUUUUGUACUGGUUCCCACCAGGGGUGAUAUUUUCAUCCCUGUUUCUGGAGCCAAACGGAGGCUUAAAAAUCUUUGAUUAAUAAAUAUUUCUCUGCAUGA